CACGUCGUGGGUGACCUCACUCUCCAACAUGGCGGCGGCCGUGGACUAGGGCCUCUGGUCGAAGCAGCCGCCGUCGCUGGAGGACCCUGUCGGAAACAACUGCCGCCGCCGCCGUCUCUCCUUUCCUGUCUUCUGGGGCAGGGGCCAGGGCAAGGUUUCACAUACCUGUUAGACUUCUUUGGAGCUCUGCCACUCAACUCGAUGGCGUCCUCUACUACUGUGCCUCUGGGAUUUCACUAUGAAACAAAAUACGUUGUUCUCAGCUACUUGGGACUCCUCUCUCAGGGGAAGGUGCAAGAGCAACCUCUUCCCUCACCCCAAGGAGGUCAACAGGAUGUAGCUUCACAAUCUCUGGAUCAAGAAGUUUUAUUAAAAGUUAAAACUGAAAUUGAAGAAGAGCUGAAAUCCCUGGACAAAGAAAUUUCUGAAGCCUUUACCAGCACAGGCUUUGACCGGCACACUUCUCCAGUCUUCAGCCCUGCUAACCCAGAAAGCUCGGUAGAAGACUGCUUGGCUCAUCUUGGAGAAAGAGUGUCCCAGGAACUGAAAGAGCCUCUACAUAAGGCAUUGCAAGUGCUCCUUAGCCAGCCAGUGACAUAUCAGACAUAUCGGGAAUGUACACUGGAGACCACAGUUCAUACCAGCGGCUGGAAUAAGGUACAUCUAGAGGCCUGGAUUAUAUUGAGGUUUAAUCUUUUGACAACAAAACUUCAUUGGUGUUCCCUAUUUCCUCUUGGAUUACAUUGGGUGAUACAUAAGAUUUUAGUGCCUCUGGUUUUGCUACAGCAAAUGCUUUUGGAGCUGGCGAGACGUGGUCAAGAGCCUCUGCAAACAUUGCUGCAGUUUGGUGUGACGUAUCUGGAGGACUGUGCAGCAGAGCACAUCAUCCAGCAAGGUGGCUGGGGCACUGUGUUUAAUCUUGAGUCCGAGGAGGAAGAGUCCCCUGGGACUGCUGCAGAAGACAGCAAUGACAUUUACAUCCUGCCCAGCGACAACUCUGGGCAAGCCAGUCCUCCAGAGUCUCCGACUGUGACCACGUCCUGGCAGUCAGAGAGCCUGCCUGUGUCCCUGUCGGCCAGCCAGAGCUGGCACGCGGAAAGCCUGCCAGUGUCCCUCGGCCCCGAGUCCUGGCAGCAGAUCGCAGUGGACCCCGAAGAAGUUAAAAGCUUAGAUAGCAAUGAGGCUGGAGAGAAGAGCGAGAACAACUCCUCCAAUUCUGACAUUGUGCAUGUGGAGAAGGAAGAAAUCCCCGAGGGUGUGGGCGAGGCUGCCUUCCCUGAAGCCCCAGCUCCCUUGCCCCCUCACGUCACUGCCACUUCCUCGCUGGAGAUGAGGGGACCUGACACAGAAGGGGGUGCGGCUGAGAGAGUCAGCCCGGCUGCAUCUUUGUUCGCAGGACCGGAGGAGGAAGAGGUGAAAGUGGCAGUGGGGCCUGGGGAACGCAGGGAGCAGCCCCGAGGCCCGCUGCUGGGUGCACAGGUGGAGGCCAGGAAGGAGGGGCUCGGGGCAGGGAGGUCCGGGCCGCUGCCCGAGGGCAAGUCUGUGCUGCUGCUCGGAGGGGCCGCCGCGGUCGCCAUCCUGGCCGUGGCUGUUGGGGUAGCACUGGCUCUGAGAAAGAAAUAGCAGGGUUUUUGGAAGAGAAACAAGACAAAAAGGAUAUUAGGUUUUAGUUGUAUCGACUGAAUUUGAAGCGCCAGCAGCUGAUUGGACGUUUGUGGAACACUCUUGGGUAACUGGGGAUUUCUGCUCAAUAAGGCCGUGGAUUGACCCACACAUGAGGGCUUGAGGUAGAGGGUGUUCACGUUUGUCUGAUGAUAAGUUCAAGGGCCUUAGCUUGUGCUAGAUUCUGUCCUUACAAGUAAAGUACUCCCUCUAGUCAGGUUUCUCAACCUCUGCAUUCAUAUCUUGAUAAUCCUUUGUUGUAGGAAGUUGUCCUGUGCAUUGUAGGGUGUUUAGCAACAUCCCUGUCCUGUACCCACUAAAUACCAGUAACACCCCUCCCCUACUUGUGACAACCAAAAACAUCUCCUGACUUGGCCAAAUGUCCCUGGGGGUAAGAUUGUCCCCCGUACCAGCCACAACUUCAGAGGACAGUGAAUUCAGGAGCUUCUGGGAGAGGGAUUCCUAGGCAAGGGGCUCACCCGUGCUCCUCAGCUACUGACUGGGCCCUGCCCUUGGGGUUUCAUCUUGUGAACAUGCUGUGUUUUGCAGUCCUUUUUUGGCUUUUCUUUUCUUCCCCACUUUCUAGCCCUAUAGCGUGAGGGUGUUCUCCCCGGUGGCUCAGCUGCCUCUCAGGUACCACCCUGCUCCUCUCCCCCCAGGUUUCUUCUGAGACCCACGGAGAGUGCUUGCUCUGCACCUGGCAAGUCUCUGGUCCUUCUUCCAGCUUCUCCUUGCAGUGGGACUGCCCUCCGUCACCCUGAGAGGGCCGCCUGCCUGCAGUGCUGUGGCAAGUAGCGGGGUAGAGAGAUUUGUCUCCUUUAGAAGCAGGAUGGCCUUGGUGGCCUCUAGGACACUUCUGGCUCCUCUGUGGACGGCCACCCUGCUGAACUUCUGGCUACUUGCCAGCAGCAUCUCUGUCGCUGGACAGUCACUGUCUAUAAACUGGGCUGGUGUCUUCCCUGGACUAUCUGACCUCAGUCUUCUGGCUGGCUGGCUGGCUGGCUCCUUUGCAGUCCUUCACUGGAUUGUCAUACGUGGGCUUACAGACCCAUUGAAUCAUAACUCUUAUGAAAUACAGAAAGUCUCCUAAAUAUCAUUAAAAUAAAAAGUAUGAAAAGAGAAGUUUGACUUUUUUGGUUACCCUCAAGAUUCUAGACUGGCUCUCAGAGUUCAAGAGUGGAGGCUUCUCUGCAAAACUCUUCAUAGUCCAAAUGCCAGUGGUAAACCAGGAUGAUCCUAACUAGUGUGUACUAGUUCAGAAUCAGCAUAAUUUCCUUUCAUCUGACUAUUCCCUCCUCCGAAAGGGUGGGAGGACUGUGUCAUUGUGUGCCUGAGGGUCACAGUGUCGGUGUGCAGGGCAUGCUCGGUUCAGGUCGUCUUGGAGCUCUUAGUAAAUGGGACAAAUCACUUUUUAGAUCCUGAAAUUUGUAAUAAAAUUACUUCACCUAUCCUGAGCACCAAAACUUGAUGUUUCAAAUGUGCUUUCUUUUUAAAUUUUAUUUUUAAAAAUAAAUCUUCUCCCUAAAGCAGUACUAUUUAAAAGUUGGUCAAGGAAAGUUCUGGAGUGUGUGUGUGCCAGUUCAGCUUUGCCAUGGGCGUGUCUUUAAGUGUUCUGAGUUUCCGUGUCCCAUGUAGGGAGUGGCUCUUCUCAGAGUUUGGUGCCUUGAUUGACAGAGCGAGGGCGAGGGCAGUGGUGAGGUCCUUCUUGGCUCUGUGCAUUGGGUUGCUCUGUUUGCAUAGGGUAAGAGCAGCUGGUGUGUUAUCUUGAGUUUUUCCCUUUUAUAAUAAAAUAUUUCCUUCCAACGUUCACACUUUCAAACUCCAUGUCCUCAAACCCACUGGCUGAACACAUUUAAGCACUAAUAUAAACCAGGUUCAUUUCUGGGCUGCUAGAGAGAGAGGGCUUAGGAUAUUUGGGUCCGUGUUCUCCAUUAAAGGAAAGAAUAGGAGUAUGGUACAACGCACCAAGUGCUGCUUUAUUUUCCCGUCUGUUGAACAUUAACCCAGAGUCACUUGGCCAGUCCAUGCUGCUGUGCGGGGCUGGAACACAGCUCUCCUCCACUGGCUCUCUCCAGAGGGAACCGCGCACGGUCCUCGAGCAGUAGCAGGGUGUCUGUCCCUGCUUUCCUCGCUUGCUCCCCUCUGCCUCACACUAGAAGGGAACACUCGAAUAAGAACUACUUCUUAUAGCAGCUUUGAUUUUUACUAUUACUUUUAAAAGAUCACUUCUCACCCUCCCUUUUCCUGGUGGGGGCUGGUAUCAGGAGGCCACUCCUGCCCGUCUGACUUACGUACCAUGGAAAUCUAAGCUAAGGGGACCAUUCAGAAUAAACCCAGCUUGUUGACACAACUCAAGUGCAGAAUUAAGACGAUCACCCUUUUUGUCAUUUAAUUCUUUUAAGUGUUGAGGAAAAGUUUUUGCAGUGAAGGGCUCUAGAACUCUUAACUGCUCUACUGAAUGUAAUGAUUUCUGAGCACUUGGCAUAAAGCCAGUGAGUGAGUGUUGAAAAAAAUACCAGAACUAAAGGAUGUUAAUUUAUCCCCUCUGUGACAAAAGGAUCAUUUUGAGCCCAGAGAAAUCCGCUUCUACACUGUGCCUUAGGGGACUCACGAGUACCAUUGCCUCUAGAAAGAAAGCUUUUUUGCAGAAAACAACUGCUGACCAUCUAGUUCACGCCUGCACACCCAGUCGUCCUUGAUGCCUUCUCUCUCCUGUGUCCCAUCUUUGGAUCAGAUGCGGCCACUGCCUAGGUUUGUACUGGGGGCGACAGACAGUGAACACAGACAUUGUUAUUGAACCAUAGCUGCCAUUAGCGUCCUCAGCCUUUGUGCCAGUUCCUCUGAGUUAAGAGUGAUGCCUGCUCCUUGCUUUUUUUCUAAAGGUAUGACAUGGACAAAUGUCAUACCCAUAGAAUUUUAAAAUUAUUUUGAGAUGUUUUAUAGAAAUAAAAGGUAUGUGAUAAGAAAUUUUUUCCUUUUCUCCUAAUUUGUCUUUUUACACAAACUUAUCUUUAAAAAAAUUUGUGAUAGGGACUGUUUCAUCAGGAGAUCUGGUCUUCCUGAUCAACAGUCACUAUCUCUUGCUUUGUAGAAGUGGCUUCUAGCCUCUGCGCCAGCUCCCUCCCUCAAACUGUUCACGUAGUCUCAGCACACAUUCGAUGCCCGCAAGCUUCCUCUUCCGUGGAGCACCAAGAUGUACCAUUAGUGAUAACCUAUUAUCACUGAGGAGGUUCAGUGGUGACAUGGUUUUGAAUUCAGGGUGCAUAUUUUUCCAUAUUAGAAUACCCUUGUUUUGGGGGGGGGAGUGGGUAAUUAUAAUUUUAGCAAAUAUUGGUUGAGCAUUUACUAACUUUUCUAAAGUGUUCCAGUAUCUGAGAGGCAGUGAUUUGAACUUUUCUGACUCUAAGUCUACUGCUUUUCCUAGUUUUUACCAUUUUUUGUGACCCUGCAAAACAGUAUUGACAGGCUUUUUGUACAUGGCUGCGCCGACUGUCCACCACACAGGGGCAGCCUGUGCUCACUGUCAUGUGCCCUGGGAGAAGGGAGCCUCUACUAAUUUGUACAAAGGUGCCACACAGGCUAGUCUAAGUAUCGAGCAUGCUCUCCCAAGUGAGAGAAGGUUAUGUCCAGCCUAUUCCCAAUUUCUAAUUAUACCAGUUGUUUUCCCUUUAAAUAUUGAAUGAGAUGCCUUACAAAGAAUUAGCAGUUAUCACUGGUAUUACUCUUUCAUUAGCUUUCUUAGUUAGUAUGUUAGAUGAACAUUUCUUAUAAACAAGGGUAAGGUGGUCUGACACAAGACUCUCUGACUGAUCUGAAGGCAGUACCACAAUCCCUUUCCUCUUCCCUUUUCCCCAGUUUGUCCCUUUUGUUCCUUCUCUCCCCUGCCUAUGCCAUGGGAUGUGGAGAGAAGUGGGGGCAACCUCUAGGCGUUGCUUGGCUUCUCAACGUUCAGUCGAGAGGGUUGACUAGCCCAGCUGGUGUGGCUCAGUGGUUGAGUGUCAACCCAUGUACCAAGAGGUUG